UGAUCCCAUAAAGCCGCCCUGGGAAUCAUCCCUGAUGGAAUUCCACCGGGGAAAAGCAGGACUACUCUCCCUCCUCCUCAUGGCCGCACUGAGCCGCCAAUCCCUGGAAAAAUCCCUUCCCGUGGGCUACCGGGAGCACGAGGAUCCUCGGGAGAGCCCGGGGCUGAUCCAGUGUGGGGAGUACAGCAACCAGGUGCUUCCCAACGGGAAGUGCCGGAUCGUGGCCACGCUGCCGCAGGGCGACGAGCGGCGCUGCCCCGACCUGUUCCGCUGCACCGACGAGGUGUCCUACUGGCUCCACGAGAACGAGGAGCGCAAGCAGCAGAUCCUGGAGCUCCGCGAGCUCAUCUCCGAGCUCCAGGAGGAGCUGAGGAACCACCGGCACCGCCUCAAGGCCCUGGAGGUCCAGCACGAGGAGGCGGCGGGUCGGAACCAGAGCCUGGCAAGGAGGGUGCAGGAGCUGGAGCAGCAUUCCCGGGAAUCCAGCACGCUCCAGCACAUCCAGGCCACGCUGCUCUACGACAUCCAGGCGCAGAUCAACAACAUCUCGGCGCUGGCCGACUGGGCCUGGCGCAACCCCAGUUGCCUCCACCCCGCUGACAUCCGCCUCCAGGAGGAGAUGCAGCAGCCAGGGCUCAAGCACAGCCGGAAUUGUCCCAUUGACUGCGCCUCCGUGUACUACAACGGGCUCCGGAGGUCCGGGAUUUACAGCAUCCUGCCCUCCGUGCGCGGAAUUCCCAUCGAGGUCCUGUGCGACAUGGACACGGAAGGUGGGGGCUGGACCGUCAUCCAGAGGCGCCAGGACGGAUCCGUGGAUUUCAACCGGACCUGGAACGAGUACAAGGAAGGAUUUGGGGACCUCAACGGGGAAUUCUGGCUGGGCAAUGACAACAUCCACAGGGUGACGAGCCAAGGGGAUUAUUCCCUACGGAUCGACAUGGAGGAUUGGAAUAACAAGCACAAACACGCCUUCUACCAGGUCUUCAGCAUCGAGGACGAGGAAAACUUUUACCGGCUCCACGUGGACGGGUUCAGCGGCACCGUGGAGGAUUCCUUCGCCUGGUACCACGACAAGAGGAGCUUCAGCACUCCGGAUUCCGGGAAUAUCUGCGCCGAGAUUUCCCACGGAGGCUGGUGGUACCACCAGUGCUUCUUCUCCAACCUCAACGGCGUUUACUACAAGGGUGGCCGAUAUUCCAUAAAAAACCGGAAGAUGCUGGGCCCAGAUGGGAUCGUCUGGUAUUCCUGGAAGGACACGGACUAUUAUUCCCUACGGAAAGUGGUCAUGAUGAUCCGACCGCGCACAUUCCGGCCCCACCUCUCCCCGUGAUGGAUCCUGGGAUGUUCCCCAUUCCCACAUCCCAUGGAAUGCUGGGAAUGGAGGAAGGGCUGAGAAUUGUGCUGGAAAACGGAUUCUGGAAUGGCUGUUGGAUUUUGUGGGAAUUAUCCGAGUCCUCCAGCGUGGGAGAUGUCCCGGGAAUGCGGAGGUGAUUCCUGGGAAUGGCAUUACCAAGACUAAAUGCAGUUGUUUGGAUGAUGGGAAUCAGUUCCAGGCUGAUCCAUGUGGAGCUCCGUGGCCUCCAACCCAACGGAAUUUCCCAAGGGAAGCAAUGGAAGUGAUCCUGGCAGAAUUUCCCAUGUGGGAUUUGAUGGAAUGGUUUUUAUUCCCGAGGAUUUGCAUCCUGUUCCCAAAGAUCCUGAGGAUCCACGAGCACAAGGAUGCAUGGAAUUGGCUCUGAGGGAA